CACUGGCCCGGCCCAGAGGGGACAGGAAGCUAGGACACCGGGGAUUGUCUCUUCCAACCGCAGCCCAGCCCCAGCCCGGGAGGAAGUUCUGCCGGGUGCUCUCCGCCGGUACCUCCCUCGUUAUAUUGUUGAACAGGAAACAGGGCAGCGCGGGAGCCGGGCGGUGGAGGAGGGAGCACCGGACGCCGAAACCUCACGCGUCUGUCGGGGCAAGUGGAAGAGAAGCCAGCGGACGGACGCCCUGAGCGCUGCGGGCUGGAGCUGAGCGAGCCCAGAGGAGGGUCCUGCCGGCCGGAUCCCCUGAAGAGCAGUAGGCGAGGAGCAGCUCUCCGUUCGAGGCUCCUGCUCCGCGCAGUCUCUCCAGCCUUGCCACUGGAAGCCCCGCCCAAGGAGAUGACAGUGGCCUAACCUGCAGCCCUUUGCCGGCUCCGCCCAUCCAGCCCAUGGGCUCCCAGAGGCCCGCCCAGCUAACGAAAACGCGGUGGCCGCGAUGGCGGCGGACGUCGAGGGGGACGUGUACGUGCUGGUGGAGCACCCCUUCGAGUACACCGGCAAGGACGGGCGCCUCGUAGCCAUACAGCCCAACGAGCGCUACAGGCUGCUGCGCCGCAGCACGGAACACUGGUGGCACGUGCGGCGCGAGCCCGGUGGCCGACCCUUUUACCUGCCCGCGCAGUAUGUGCGCGAGCUGCCCGCGCUCGGCGACCCUGCUACUGCCCCGCAGACACCCGCGCCCCACACGGGCCCCGCAGUACCCGAACCGCAAACCUACGACUACCGGUUCGUGAGCUUGUCCGCGCCCGCGGGCUCCGACCGCACACCCGGGGAGCCCCGGGGCCGCGCCAGCUCCCUGUGCGGCCCUGCGCGUCGCAGCGGCGCCACUCACCGCAGCAGCCUGGCGCCGGGCCUGCCCACCUGUCUGUAUGUGCGACCCUCGGCGCCUGUGCGCCCAGCGCAGUCCCUGGACGACCUGGCGCGCUCCGCAGCGCCCCCUGCCGGCCUCCUCGGAAGCGCAGGCCGCUUCAAGGCCUGCAGCGUGGCGGGAUCCUGGGUGAGCCCAAGGCCCCUGGCGCGCAGUGACUCAGAGAACAUCUACGAGGCCAUCUCGGAUGUGCGCGGCCCUCAACGCGAGGAGAUCCCAGAGCAGGUGGACGAACCCCCGGAGCCGGUGUACGCGAACAUUGAGCGGCAACCUCGGGCCACCUCGCCACGCGCUGUCGCGGCCCCGCUCCCCAGCCCGGUGUGGGAAACGCACACGGACGCGGGCACCGGACGUCCCUACUACUAUAACCCCGACACCGGCGUGACCACCUGGGAGUCGCCUUUCGAGCCUGCGGAGGGCACCUCCAGCCCGGCCACCUCCCCGGCCUCGGUGGGCAGCCCCGAGAGCCUCGAGGCCGAGUGGGGCCAGUACUGGGAUGAGGAGAGCCGCAGGGUGUUCUUCUACAACGCGCUGACGGGCGAGACCGCCUGGGAGGACGAGCCCGAGGACGAACCCGAGGACCAGCUGGAGAUGCAGCCAGGCCUGAGCCCCGGCCUGAGCCCCGGCAGCCCAAUGGACCAAAGACCCCCCACCCCUGAGACGGACUACCCCGAGUUGCUGACCAGUUACCCCGAAGAGGACUAUUCCCCAGUGGGUUCCUUCAGUGAGCCUGGCCCCACCUCUCCUUUGGCCGCACCCCCAGGCUGGUCCUGUCACAUCAGCCCAGACAAGCAGAUGCUCUACACCAACCACUUCACCCAAGAGCAGUGGGUGAGGCUGGAGGACCAGCAGGGGAAGCCAUACUUCUACAACCCGGAGGACUCCUCUGUUCGGUGGGAGCUGCCCCAGGUCCCCGUCCCUGCCCCUCGAAGCAUCUGCAAAUCCAGCCAAGACAGUGACACCCCAGCCCAGAUCAGCCCUCCAGAAGAAAGAAUCAAGACUCUGGACAAGGCAGGAGUGCUCCAUCGCACUAAAACAGUGGACAAAGGGAAGCGACUCCGGAAGAAGCACUGGAGCGCCUCCUGGACGGUGCUGGAGGGCGGCGUCCUGACCUUCUUCAAGGAUUCAAAGACCUCAGCUGCAGGCGGCCUGAGGCAGCCUUACAAGCUCUCCACCCCCGAGUACACCGUGGAACUGAAGGGGGCCUCACUGUCCUGGGCCCCCAAAGACAAAUCCAGCAAGAAGAAUGUGCUGGAGCUGCAGAGCCGAGAUGGCUCAGAGUACCUGAUCCAGCAUGACUCAGAGGCCAUCAUCAGCACCUGGCACAAAGCCAUUGCCCAGGGCAUCCAGGAGCUGUCUGCAGACCUGCCCCCGGAGGAGGAGAGUGAGACCAGCAGCGCGGACUUCGGGUCCAGUGAGCGCCUGGGAAGCUGGCGGGAGAGAGAGGAUGACUCUCGGUCCAGUGCAGCAGCUGGCCCUGUUCUGAGCCCUGGGGGCCUGGAGAGCGACUUGAGCAAGGUCCGGCACAAACUCCGCAAGUUCCUGCAGAGGCGGCCCACGCUACAAUCGCUGCGGGAGAAGGGCUACAUCAGAGACCAGGUGUUCGGCUGCGCGCUGGCGGUGCUGUGUGAGCGCGAGAGGAGCUCGGUGCCGCGCUUCGUCCAGCAGUGCAUCCGCACGGUGGAGGCCCGGGGGCUGGACAUCGACGGGCUGUACCGCAUCAGUGGAAACCUGGCCACCAUUCAGAAGCUGCGCUAUAAGGUGGACCACGAUGAGCGUCUGGACCUGGAUGAUGGGCGCUGGGAGGACGUCCACGUCAUCACUGGCGCUCUGAAGCUCUUCUUCCGGGAGCUACCCGAGCCCCUCUUCCCCUUCUCACAUUUCUGCCAGUUCAUUGCGGCCAUCAAGCUACAGGACCAGGCCCAGCGAAGCCGUUGUGUGCGUGACCUGGUGCGCUCACUGCCAGCCCCCAACCAUGACACGCUGCGGCUGCUCUUCCAGCACCUGUGCAGGGUGAUUGAGCACGGUGAGCAGAACCGCAUGUCGGUGCAGAGCGUGGCCAUAGUGUUCGGGCCCACACUGCUGCGGCCCGAGACCGAGGAGACCAGCAUGCCCAUGACCAUGGUGUUCCAGAACCAGGUGGUGGAGCUCAUCCUGCAGCAGUGCUCAGAUAUCUUCCCGCCCCACUGACUGCAUGGACUGUGGACCUGGGACAUGGCUGUGGUCCUAGUGAGACUGGAAUUUCUCUCGGAGGUCCUUGGCCUUCCGUGGGUCUGCAAGCACUGUGGCUUCUGGACCCCUCGGUUCUGAGGGUAUGGUGACCCCUGGUGGGCAGUUUGUGAAAUGUGAUUUUUCCCCAGCCUGGCGGGUCAUGUUCCUCGGUUAAUUAGGUUCUGUUCUUCAUUACUGCGCCGCCUGCUGGGCCAGUGCGGGAAUGUGUGGGGGUGUGAGUUGUGUUUUCUGGGACUCCCACUGAGAGGAGGAAUUUGGAGAGGACCUUCCUGGCUUCUUCAGACCUUCACCUGGUCGAGGCCUUCACGAAGACCUUGGUGGCGCCCUGUUCAGGCCCUGUGCCCGUCAUGAAGCAGCUACUGACAGCUUCCCUCCAGCCCGGCUGCUGAACCUGCCUUCCUCAGGCCUCAGGGAUGAGCUCCUGGGCCUCUUGCAGGCUUGCUGAGGUCCAGGUUCCUGUUUGGGGUUGGGCACCUAUGCCCUCCCUGAUCCACUGUGUCCUGGGCAGGUUCUUCAUGCCCACUGAAUGUGGACCCUGCACCUGCACUUGAUGUGCACCUUUCCAUACUUAAUCCCAUUUUACAGAUGAGAAAACUGAGGUUUUCAGGGACAGAGUGAGUUGUUCAGGGUCCAGUGGGUGACCUGACUCCCCAGCAAAGGCUCCUCCCACACCAGAGCAAAGCCUCCAGGGAGGGCUACCAUCUUUUGAGCCACCCAGGCCCCAUCCCAGCAUGGACCCAUGGGCAAAACAAAGAAACUAAGCUGGGUCUGUCCUGUCUGUGUCUGGGCUGGGGAGGUUCCUGAAAGCAAGGAGGGAAACUGCCCGUUGUUCUUCUCUGGGGGGAGGGGAAAGGUGUGCCUACCUGGUGCCCACCUUGCUGUGAAGACCUGGGAAGGGCCUGCAGGGGGUGGAGGACAACCUCAGGAAAGGAGAGGUGAACCUUGGAGUCAGCAGACCCCUUCCCUCUUCAUGCACAAACCACCUCAGUUUAUGGAUCUCAGACCCCAGCCCCACCCAUCCAUUCUUUGACUCAGCCGACAAUAAUAGGUAAUAUUUAUUAGGCAUUUGCCAAGCAUUUUAUUUGGAUCAUCCCCACCUGUUUCUCACAGUCAGUAUUUAUUGUUUGUUCUUGUGUGCCCGGCACUGUGCUCUGGGGCAAGGAUGCUAUACAUGCCGACUGUCCUGCUAGAGCCGAGCCCACCCCUGAUGCCAGUGGGGGCAGGGUAGGAGUUCAGAUGGAGGCCUAAUGUCUAAAUAUUUAAAAGUUAUCAAUCAAGCUAACAGCUGUUAAAUAAAAUAUGUUCUAUUCUCCUACUUUGGCAAACCUGCUUUGAUGAUGACUUGGAAGGCCAGGUUCUAAUUUAACUCCUGUGACUCUCCCAAGAUCCAUACCCAAACAAGGUGGCACAAGAAGAGUUAGUCCUGGCCUUCAACCUGCCGCCCUUAUCUUCCCACCCAAGGAGAGGCUCACAUGCAGGCGGCUCCAUCUUCUGGUCCAUGAGCACAGAUGGCCAGUACCCCCUACCCAGCUGCCACUUGGCCACUCAGCUGCUGACCCAGGGGGAAGUGGGCCUGGGCCGUUGGGGCAGGGCAUUCUGGGACUCUGCAUGCAGGGAGCCUGGUCUAGAGGAAGGCUCCAGCUCUCCCUAGAUUCCUCAUCCUGUGAGAAGAGCCAUAAGCAGAGCG